AUGAUACAUCAAAUUAACAUCAUUAUAAUUUAUUUUUACAUAACGUUGUGCGUUAGUGUUGAAGGCCGUUCCAUUCCUGUUGAGAUUAUUAGUGACAGAAAUCGCACAUUCUCAACAUUAGCCUCAAAGUAUGGAUACCACGUCGACGAGCUGGAUGUAACCACAGAAGAUGGAUAUAUUUUGAAAAUGUAUCACAUCCCUGGCGACAGGACUAGGCCAGUUCUUCUCCUACCUGGGAUGAUGCAAGACGUUGAAGUAUUUAUAGUUAGAGGAAAUAAAUCCUUAGCAAUAACUCUCGCCACCAGUGGCUACGAUGUAUGGGCUCUUAACCCAAGAGGAGUCGGACAUUCUAGAAAACACGUUCACCUGAAUCCUGAUCUCGACUCGAAAUUCUGGGACUUUAGUUUCCAUGAAAAUGGAUAUUACGAUCUUCCAGCGGCGAUUGAUUUCAUUUUAGAAAGAACAAAUGAGCGGCAGCUGAGUGCAAUAGGUUACUCCCAAGGCAAUACAAUGUUUUAUGUGCUGGGAUCAACAAGGCCCGAGUAUAAUGACAAGAUCAAGGUAAUGAUAGCACUCGCUCCAAUUUGCUUCCUACAACACUUGAAACCACUCGUAUCCUUCUUUUUAACGAUGAUAUCUAUUAUUGGCAAUUUGUUACGCUCUAUUGGUGUGGAAGAAUUGUUAAAUGAUAACUCUUUGCUAAAACCUCUAUUUCAAAUGUUAUGUACUCAAAAGGGGAUAGGCUAUGAGCUCUGUACGCAAGGAAUAUUAUUCGUAGUUGGGGACAAUCAUCCGAAUGAAUUAGAACCUGAAUUUCUACCAAAAAUCUUUGUCAACUAUCCUUGCAGCGUGUCCAGUAAGAACGUAGUGCAUAUCGGUCAAGUUGUAUUACGCAGGAAAUUUGCUCAAUUUGACUACGGUCCCGAGCAAAACCUUGCUUUGUACAAUGCCCGCUCUCCACCGAAAUAUGAUUUACGAAAGGUGAGAAUGAAGAUAGCUGUGUUCUUGGGCGGCAACGACGGUUUAUCUACAACAGGAGAUACGGAACUUUUAAGGGACGAGUUGCCCAACGUUGUUGACUACCAUCUGUUUUCAGGGGAAAAGCUCAACCACUUAGACUUUGUAUGGGGACGGAAUAUGGACAAAUAUCUGUUCCCGCUCAUAUUACCUGUAUUAACUAAAUAUGAUUGA